AUGGUGCUCGUCCCUGGCUACGAGUUAGAAUCACGGGGAAGCUUUUGUGCCGAAGCCACACCCCAGACCAGUCAAACCGGUACCAUGUCCAGGCAUCAGAACCAGAACACCAUCCAGGAACUUCUCCAGAACUGCGCGGACUGUCUGAUGCGGGCAGAGCUGAUCAUGCAGCCGGAACUGAAAUACGGAGAUGGAAUACAGCUGGCUCGGAGCAGAGAACUGGAUGAGUGUUUUGCCCAGGCCAAUGAUCAGAUGGAAAUUACCGAUAGCUUGAUCAGAGAGAUGCGACAGAUGGGCCAGCCCUGUGAUGCUUAUCAGAAAAGACUGCUUCAGCUCCAGGAGCAAAUGCGAGCCCUUUAUAAAGCCAUCAGCGUCCCUCGAGUCCGAAGGGCCAGCUCCAAGGGUGGUGGAGGGUACACCUGUCAGAGUGGCUCUGGGUGGGAUGAAUUCACCAAGCGCCUCACCAGCGAAUGUCUGGGGUGGAUGAGACAGCAGAGGGCGGAGAUGGAUCUGGUGGCCUGGGGCGUGGACCUGGCCUCCGUGGAGCAGCACAUCAGCAGCCACAGAAGCAUCCACAACACCAUCGGGGACUAUCGCUGGCAACUGGACAAAAUCAAAGCCGACCUGCGUGAGAAAUCUGCCAUCUACCAGUUGGAGGAGGAGUAUGAAAACCUGCUGAAAGCGUCCUUUGAGAGGAUGGAUCACCUACGACAGCUGCAGAACAUCAUCCAGGCCACGUCCCGAGAGAUCAUGUGGAUCAAUGACUGUGAGGAGGAGGAGCUGCUCUAUGACUGGAGUGAUCGGAACACCAACAUCGCCCAGAAGCAGGAGGCCUUCUCUAUACGCAUGAGCCAACUGGAAGUUAAGGAAAAAGAGCUCAAUAAGCUUAAACAAGAAAGUGACCAACUUGUCCUCAAUCAGCAUCCGGCUUCAGACAAAAUUGAGGCCUAUAUGGACACUCUUCAGACACAGUGGAGCUGGAUUCUUCAGAUCACCAAGUGCAUUGACGUUCACCUCAAAGAAAAUGCUGCCUACUUUCAGUUUUUUGAAGAGGCCCAGUCAACCGAAGCCUACCUGAAGGGCCUUCAGGACUCCAUCAGAAAGAAGUACCCCUGUGAUAAGAACAUGCCCCUGCAGCGCCUGCUGGAACAGAUCAAAGAGCUGGAGAAAGAACGAGAGAAAAUCCUCGAAUACAAGCGUCAGGUACAGAACUUGGUAAACAAGUCCAAGAAGAUUGUGCAGCUGAAACCACGGAACCCAGACUAUAGAAGCAACAAACCCAUCAUUCUCAGGGCUCUCUGUGACUACAAACAAGACCAGAAAAUCGUGCACAAAGGGGAUGAGUGCAUCCUGAAGGACAAUAAUGAGCGCAGCAAGUGGUAUGUGACGGGUCCUGGAGGUGUGGACAUGCUCGUCCCUUCUGUCGGUCUGAUUAUCCCUCCUCCAAAUCCUCUGGCCGUAGACCUCUCGUGCAAGAUUGAGCAGUACUAUGAGGCCAUCUUGGCUCUGUGGAACCAGCUGUACAUCAACAUGAAGAGCCUGGUGUCCUGGCACUACUGCAUGAUCGACAUUGAGAAAAUCAGGGCCAUGACUAUCGCCAAGCUGAAAACGAUGCGGCAGGAAGAUUACAUGAAGACAAUAUCUGACCUUGAGCUACAUUACCAAGAGUUCAUCAGAAACAGCCAGGGCUCGGAGAUGUUUGGAGAUGAUGAUAAGCGGAAAAUGCAGUCUCAGUUCACGGAUGCCCAGAAGCACUACCAGACCCUGGUCAUACAGCUCCCUGGCCACCCCCAGCACCAGACAGUAACCACAACUGAAAUCACUCAUCAUAGCUCCUGCCAAGAUCUCAACCAUAAUAAAGUGAUUGAAACCAACAGAGAAAACGACAAGCAGGAAACAUGGAUGCUGAUGGAGCUCCAGAAGGUUCGCAGGCAGAUGGAGCACUGUGAGGGCAGAAUGGCCCUUAAAAACAUCCUUCUAGCAGACCAAGGGUCUACGCACCACAUCACAGUGAAAAUAAAUGAGCUCAAGAGUGUGCAGAACGAUUCUCAAGCAAUUGCUGAAGUUCUCAACCAGCUGAAAGAUAUGCUAGCUAACUUCAGAGGUUCAGAAAAAUACUGCUAUUUACAGAAUGAGGUAUUUGGACUGUUCCAGAAACUGGAAAACAUCAAUGGUGUUACAGAUGGCUACUUAAACAGACUGUGGGACUUGGAGAAACAAAUUAAGCAACUGAGGAAUUAUCGUGAUAACUAUCAGGCUUUCUGCAAGUGGCUCUAUGAUGCCAAACGCCGCCAGGAUUCCUUAGAAUCCAUGAAGUUUGGUGACUCCAACACAGUCAUGCGAUUUUUGAAUGAGCAGAAGAACUUGCACAAUGAAAUAUGUGGCAAACGAGACAAAUCAGAAGAAGUUCAAAAAAUUGCCGAACUUUGUGCAAAUUCGAUUAAGGAUUAUGAACUCCAGCUUGCAUCAUACACCUCAGGCCUGGAGACUCUCCUGAACAUACCUAUCAAGAGAACCAUGGUGCAGUCUCCCUCUGGGGUGAUUCUGCAAGAGGCUGCUGAUAUGCAUGCUCGGUACAUAGAACUACUUACAAGGUCUGGAGACUAUUAUAGAUUCUUAAGUGAGAUGCUGAAGAGUUUGGAAGAUCUGAAGCUGAAAAAUACCAAGAUUGAAGUUUUGGAAGAGGAGCUCAGACUGGCCCGGGAUGCCAAUUCUGAAAACUGCAACAAGAACAAAUUCCUGGAUCAGAACCUGCAGAAAUACCAGGCAGAAUGUUCCCAGUUCAAAGCCAAGCUCGUGAGCCUGGAGGAGCUCAAGAGGCAGGCGGAGCUGGAUGGGAAGUCAGCGAAGCAAAACCUGGACAAGUGCUAUGGCCAAAUAAAAGAACUCAACGAGAAGAUCACCCGGCUGACUUACGAGAUCGAAGACGAGAAGCGGAGGAGGAAGGCCGUGGAAGACAGAUUUGACCAACAGAAGAGUGACUAUGACCAGCUGCAGAAGGCCAGGCAGUGUGAGAAGGAGAGCCUUGGCUGGCAGAAAAUGGAGUCUGAGAAGGCCAUCAAGGAGAAGGAGUACGAGAUAGAAAGGUUGAGGGUUCUUCUGCAGGAGGAGGGCGCCCGGAAGAGAGAAUAUGAAAAUGAGCUGGCAAAGGUAAGAAACCACUAUAAUGAGGAGAUGAGUAAUUUAAGGAACAAGUAUGAAACAGAGAUUAACAUUACGAAGACCACCAUCAAGGAGAUAUCCAUGCAGAAAGAGGAUGAUUCCAAAAAUCUGAGAAACCAGCUUGACCGCCUCUCGAGGGAAAAUCGAGACCUGAAGGAUGAAAUCGUCAGGCUCAAUGACAGCAUCCUGCAGACCACCGAGCAGCGGCGGCGGGCCGAGGAGGAUGCCCUGCAGCAGAAGGCCUGUGGCUCAGAGAUGCUGCAAAAGAAGCAACAUCUGGAGAUCGAGCUGAAGCAGGUCAUCCAGCAGCGCUCCGAGGACAACGCAAGACACAAGCAGUCCCUGGAGGAGGCUGCAAAGACCAUUCAGGACAAAAACAAGGAGCUAGAGAGACUCAAAGCUGAGUUUCAGGAGGAGGCCAAGCGCCGCUGGGAAUAUGAGAAUGAACUGGCUAAGGUAAGAAACAAUUAUGAUGAGGAAAUCAUUAGCUUAAAGAACCAGUUCGAGACGGAGAUCAACGUCACCAAGACAACCAUCCACCAGCUCACCAUGCAGAAGGAAGAGGACACCAGUGGCUACCGAGCCCAGAUCGACAACCUCACCAGGGAAAACCGGAGCCUGUGUGAGGAAGUAAAGCGGCUAAAGAACACGUUGGCCCAGACCACGGAGACUCUCAGGAGGGUGGAGGAAAACGCCCAGCAGCAGAAGGCCACCAGCACCGAGGUGUCACAGAGGAAACAGCAGCUGGAGAUCGAGCUGAGGCAGGUCACUCAGAUGCGCACCGAGGAGAGCGUGCGAUACAAGCAGUCGUUGGAUGACGCUGCCAAGACGAUCCAGGACAAAAACAAGGAGAUAGAAAGGUUAAAGCAACUGAUAGAGACGGAAACCAGCGCACGGAAGUGCCUGGAAGAGGAGAACGUGAAGUUGCAAAGGGCCCAGUAUGAGCUGCAGAAAGCGAACAGCAGUGCAACCGAGACGAUCGGCAAGCUGAAGGUUCAGGAGCAAGAGCUCACGCGCCUGAGGCUCGACUACGAGAGGGUCUCCCAGGAGAGGACCGUGAGGGACCAGGACAUUGCGCGGUUCCAGAGCUCUCUGAAGGACCUGCAGCUGCAGAAGCAGAAGGUGGACGAGGAGCUGAGCCGGCUGAGGAGGGCCGCCUCAGAAGACUCAUCGAAAAGGAAGAAGCUGGAGGAUGAGCUGGAGGGCAUGAGGAGGUCUCUGAAGGAGCAGGCGAUAAAAAUCACCAGCCUGACCCAGCAGCUGGAGCAGGCGUCCAUCGUCAAGAAACGCAGUGAGGAUGACCUUCGGCAGCAGAGGGAAGUGCUGGACAGCCACCUGAGGGACAAGCAGAGGACCCAGGAGGAGCUCAGAAGGCUCUCCUCUGAGGUUGAGGCCCUGAGGCGGCAGUUGCUUCAGGAGCAGGAAAGUGUCAAACAAGCUCACCUGAGGAACGAGCAUUUCCAGAAGGCGAUAGAGGAUAAGAGCAGAAGCUUGAAUGAAAGCAAAAUCGAAAUCGAGAGGCUGCAGUGUCUCACAGAGAACCUGACCAAGGAGCACUUGAUGCUGGAGGAAGAGCUUCGGAACCUGAGGCUGGAGUACGACGACCUCAGGAGGAGCCGGAGUGAGGCGGAUAGUGACAAAAACACGACCAUCUCUGAACUCAGGAGCCAGCUGCAGAUCAGCAACAACCGGACCAUGGAACUGCAGGGGCUGAUUAAUGAUUUACAGAGAGAGAGGGAAAAUUUGAGACAGGAAAUUGAGAAAUUCCAAAAGCAGGCAUUAGAGGCAUCUAACAGGAUUCAGGAAUCAAAGAACCAGUGCACUCAGGUGGUGCAGGAAAGAGAGAGCCUUCUGGUGAAGAUCAAAGUUCUGGAGCAGGACAAGAGCAGGCUGCAGAGGCUGGAGGACGAGCUCACUCGCCUGAAGACAACGCUGGAGGCGGAAAGCAGGCUGAAACAACGCCUGGAGUGUGAGAAACAGCAAAUCCAGAAUGACCUCAAUCAGUGGAAAACCCAGUAUUCCCGCAAGGAAGAGACCAUUAGGAAGAUCGAGUCGGAAAGAGAAAAGAGCGAGAGAGAGAAGAACAGCUUCAGGAGCGAGAUCGAGAGACUGCAGGCAGAGAUCAAGAGGAUCGAGGAGCGGUACAGGCGCAAACUGGAGGAUUCCACCCGGGAGACGCAGUCGCAGUUGGAAACAGAGCGCUCCCGCCUUCAGAGGGAAAUCGACAAGCUCAAGCAGCGCCCCUACGGGUCCCAUCGGGAGACCCAGACUGAGUGCGAGUGGACCGUUGACUCCUCCAAGCUGGUGUUCGAUGGACUGAGGAAGAAGGUGACGGCCAUGCAGCUCUACGAGUGCCAGCUGAUUGACAAAACAACCUUGGACAAACUGUUGAAGGGGAAAAAGUCAGUGGAAGAAGUUGCCUCUGAAAUCCAGCCUUUCCUUCGGGGUGCAGGAGCUAUUGCUGGGGCAUCUGCUUCCCCCAAGGAGAAGUACUCUCUGGUGGAGGCCAAGAGAAAGAAACUACUCACCCCAGAAUCCACAGUCAUGCUCCUGGAGGCCCAGGCAGCUACAGGCGGUAUAAUCGACCCCCACAGGAAUGAGAAGCUGACUGUGGACAAUGCUAUCGCUCGGGACCUCAUCGACUUCGAUGACCGUCAGCAGAUAUACACUGCAGAGAAAGCUGUCACUGGUUUUGACGAUCCGUUUUCGGGCAAGACGGUCUCGGUUUCGGAAGCCAUCAAGAAAAAUCUGAUCGACAGAGAAACUGGAAUGCGCCUGCUGGAGGCCCAGAUUGCAUCAGGGGGUGUGGUGGACCCCGUGAAUAGCGUCUUUUUGCCAAAAGAUGUAGCGUUGGCCCAUGGGCUGAUUGACAGAGAUUUGUAUCGGUCCCUGAAUGAUCCCCGAGAUAGUCAGAAAAACUUUGUGGAUCCAGUCACCAAAAAGAAAGUCAGUUACAUGCAACUGAGGGAACGGUGCAGAAUCGAACCACACACUGGUCUGCUCUUGCUGUCGGUGCAGAAGAGAAGUAUGUCCUUCCAAGGAAUCAGACAACAGGUGACCGUUUCUGAGCUGGUAGAUUCUGGUAUAUUGAGACCAUCCACUGUAAAUGAACUGGAAUCAGGUCAGAUUUCUUAUGACGAGGUUGGCGAGAGAAUUAAAGACUUCCUUCAGGGUUCAAGUUGCAUAGCAGGCAUAUACAAUGAGACCACGAAGCAGAAGCUUGGCAUUUAUGAGGCCAUGAAAAUAGGCUUGGUCCGACCUGGUACUGCUCUGGAGUUGCUGGAAGCCCAAGCAGCCACUGGCUUUAUAGUGGAUCCUGUUAGCAACUUGAGGUUACCGGUGGAGGAAGCCUACAAAAGAGGCCUGGUGGGCAUUGAGUUCAAAGAGAAGCUCCUGUCUGCAGAACGAGCGGUCACCGGGUAUAAUGAUCCUGAAACAGGAAACAUCAUCUCUUUGUUCCAAGCCAUGAACAAGGAACUCAUUGAAAAGGGCCAUGGCAUUCGUUUAUUGGAAGCACAGAUCGCGACGGGCGGGAUCAUCGACCCGAAGGAGAGCCAUCGUUUGCCAGUUGACAUGGCCUACAAGAGGGGCUACUUUAAUGAGGAGCUCAGUGAGAUUCUCUCAGAUCCGAGUGACGAUACGAAAGGAUUUUUUGACCCCAACACAGAAGAAAAUCUUACCUAUCUGCAACUAAAAGAAAGAUGUAUCAAAGAUGAGGAGACCGGGCUCUGUCUUCUGCCCCUGAAAGAAAAGAAGAAGGAGGUGCAGACAUCACAAAAGAAUACUCUCAGGAAGCGUAGAGUGGUCAUCGUUGACCCAGAAACCAACAAGGAGAUGUCUGUUCAGGAGGCCUACAAGAAGGGCCUGAUAGAUUAUGAAACCUUCAGAGAACUGUGUGAGCAGGAGUGUGAGUGGGAAGAAAUAACCAUCACUGGGUCCGAUGGCUCCACCAGGGUGGUCCUGGUAGAUAGGAAGACGGGCAGUCAGUAUGAUAUUCAAGACGCUGUUGACAAGGGCCUCAUUGACGGGAAGUUCUUUGAUCAGUACCGAUCCGGCAGCCUCAGCCUCACUCAGUUUGCUGAUAUGAUCUCCUCGAAAAACGGUGUUGGCGGCAACAGCAGUGGUAUAGGGGGCGGUGUCAGCGAUGAUGUGUUUAACAACUCACGACACGAGUCAGUAAGUAAGACUUCCACCAUCUCCAGUGUCAGGAACAUAACCAUCAGGAGCAGCUCUCUGUCCGACCCCCUGGAAGAAUCGAGCCCCAUUGCAGCCAUCUUUGACACAGAAAACCUAGAGAAGAUCUCCAUUACGGAAGGAAUAGAGCGGGGCAUUGUUGAUAGCAUCACUGGUCAGAGGCUUCUGGAGGCUCAGGCCUGCACGGGCGGCAUCAUCCACCCAACCAGAGGUCAGAAGCUGUCACUUCAGGACGCAGUCUCCCAGGGCCUGAUUGACCAAGAUAUGGCCACCAGGCUGAAGCCCGCCCAGAAAGCCUUCAUUGGCUUUGAAGGCGUGAAGGGAAAGAAGAAGAUGUCAGCAGCAGAGGCAGUAAAAGAAAAAUGGCUCCCCUACGAGGCAGGUCAGCGCUUCCUGGAGUUCCAGUACCUCACCGGAGGCCUUGUGGACCCAGAAGUGCAUGGGAGGAUAAGCACGGAAGAAGCCAUCAGGAAGGGGUUCAUCGACGGCAGAGCGGCUCAGAGGCUGCAAGACACCAGCAGCUAUGCCAAAAUCCUGACCUGCCCCAAAACCAAAUUAAAAAUAUCCUAUAAGGAUGCCAUGAAUCGCUCCAUGGUGGAAGAUAUCACCGGCCUUCGCCUUCUGGAGGCCGCCUCUGUUUCAUCUAAGGGCUUGCCUAGCCCUUAUAACAUGUCUUCUGCCCCAGGCUCCCGUUCAGGAUCCCGCUCCGGCUCUCGCUCUGGUUCCCGCAGUGGGUCCCGGAGAGGAAGCUUUGAUGCAACGGGGAAUUCUUCCUACUCUUACACCUACUCCUUUAGCAGUAGCUCUAUUGGGCACUAGUAGUCAGUUAGUUGCUAUUUCCUUGGCUUCAUUUAUGUGAAUUUUCACUUUACUAAAUACUUUACUAAAAGAAAAUCUAGUGCUUGCAGUAUAGUGACAGAGCUUUCUAUGAUUAAGAAGACAUAACCUUGGUUGAAAUCAAAUAGUAAAGGCUGUUCUGGCUUUUUAUCUUCUUAGCUCACCCAAAGUACAUAACACGCUGGAUGUAGUGUGUAUGAAGUGACAAUCAGUUGUAAGGAUAGCACAAAUUGAAUCUAGAGUCUGUUCCUUCUGUGUUUAGAUUUUUGAUCGAUUCGUGUACUUCUUUUGGCCUAUAAUACAGAUUUCUGUUCUUGGAGAUGAAAUUAAGCUGCUCAUGGACACUUUAGUCAUCAUUCUGUUUCUCAUCUAAAUAUUUCCAUUUUCUGUAUUAGGAGAAAAUUCUCUCUCCCAUUCUCCCUAGAAUAGUCCACCCCAAACCCAAACAUUUUGGAACGAGUCUCCUUUAGUUUUAGAUUGUGGAUUAUGUAACCUAUAUACUCUUACAUGCACCUGUUUGGUUUGGCAUUAAUUUGACUAUAUGUGAGUGAUAGCAGCAAUCUUUGCUUCUCUUUGCUCAAAGUUUUCUGUUUAUUUUGCUUGUCAUUUACUAUGUACUUUAAAAAGGUGUCUUUAUGAAGUUUGCUAUUCUGGCAAUAAACUUUUCGACUUUUGAA